UCGAUGUCUGUUGUACAUUACGGAUAUCUAUAACAAAAUCCCAAUUAAAAGUGUAUUUUGAAAUUGAUUGUAUUUUUUAAUGAUUUAUUCGUAUAUAAUCACGAAAUCAAAUGGUGAGAAUACGUGGAAUAAAAUGUGGUGUAGCCGAUGAUAAUCACAAGCUUACCGAACCGAGUACGAUCAUUAAGAAUCCCAAACUAAUAGAGUUUAUAAGACACCGCCGCAAGGAUUUUCGCGGUGAAGAACCAGUGUGUGAAAAAUGCGCACAAGAAAUAAAGAAACUUUAUAUGGAGAAAAUGAGGCGAGCAGGAAUAGCGAAACAACAGAAAAGGAGCUUAGAAUUGUCUUCCUCAAUAACAGAUAUUGAUGAGACAGUAACAAAUCGGAAAUUACGUGUUCUACAUGCGGGAAAGAAGAGUACAACCACAACGACAACUGCUACGACAGCUGGCUUAAGUCAAGAACAAUUUACUACCUCACAAUCAACACUUGACGAAGGACCGUCCACAAGUGCGGCGGCCGCAUCUAAAUUGAAACGCAAAUUGCAAAAGGAUAAACGACGAACGCGUCACAUUGUGGCCGAUAAUGAUGCAGAUGUCGACACUAAUGAUGAUGACGAUGAGUUUGUGCCAAGUCCAAAUGCUUUGAAUGGCACACGUUUGCCCAACAUACAACCAAUACCAAAGCGAAGAAAAUUUGUGCACGCAAAUCCAGAUGUUUUAAAUAUUUACAUGGCAGGGCUUACGGGUGGAUAAUUAACUAGAAACGUAUAGUCUCAUACUUGUUAAUUGUAAAAUUUUGUAUAUUGAUUCACAUAUUGUAUAUGUAUUAAAAUUUAUUAUAUACUAAUAAAUAUAGGGAAUUUUUUAUAACCUUUUGUAAAUGCAAUGACAGAAAGCUAAAAUAUUAUUGAUCAAACAUAG